ACAGUCCACCAUUCGACGGCGUAUACCUUGGUUCACUUUACAAAAAUUAUUUCGCUGGUUUACGGUUUUCAAUCGGUUUUCUUUUGAUCUUCGUCCCGAAAACACGGAAAAGGUGUGAUCUAGAAGGCCAUGGCGGAGGAUGGGCCACAAAUUACGCCUGUCGAUGGCGUUAAAUAUCCCGCCGUCGCCGCCCUAUGUUUAUCAGUAGCAGUGGCGUGCGUACUGCUCGCAGUCGCAGCGGCAUGGUACUGCCGGCGUCGACGCGCUCGCCGACGCGCCAAACGUCACGGUGCAGACCAACCCUUAGCGUUCCACAUGCAUCGGCGACCCACAGCCGUCAAGAGCCCUGCGGGGGCUACCAGUGGACCUGCUGGUGUCGGAGGGCACUAUCUGAAGAAGAGUCCCAGUCCUACGGGAACUGGAAAGACGCCACCUGGGAUGUCUGCUCCUCACACUCCAAGUCCAACCUCUGGAAGCGUAGGACCCCUGGAAAGUGGAGUUGUUAGCGGCAACCAAUCACCUGAUGGCAAGCCUGUAGACACUGUGGUUGCAAAGGAUGCCUAUAAUACAGAGAAUGAGAAGAACCACUAUCCAACUAAAGAAGAAAUGGAAACCAACGAGAAGAACCUCCAGCAGAACGCUGCUUACUUAGGACAACUGGUCUUCAAAUUGAGAUACAAAACAGACAAGAAUGCGUUGAUAGUGUCCGUGGUGAGAUGUCGAGAUCUACCAGCGAAGGACACGAAUCUGGGUUCCAGUGAUCCAUACGUGAAACUACAAUUACUACCUGAUAAGCAACAUAAAGUCAAGACUAGAGUGCUGAGAAAUACAAGAAACCCCGUAUAUGAUGAAGAUUUCACUUUCUAUGGAAUUAGUUUUAACCAGCUAUCCAACAUCACACUGCAUUUCGUAAUCCUUAGCUUCGACAGAUACAGCAGAGAUGACAUCAUAGGUGAAGUAUUCUGUGCUCUAAAUACCGUAGAUCUCACUCAGAUAGAGACUCAGCAAAUGGCAGUUUGCAGAGAAAUCCAACCACGUAGCUUAAAGAUUCGGUCGCAGGGACGUGGAGACCUCCUGGUGUCUCUAUGCUGGCAACCCGCUGCCAACAGACUGACUGUGGUAGUGCUAAAGGCACGGAAUCUCCCCAAGAUGGACGUUACCGGCCUGGCAGACCCAUACGUCAAAAUCUACCUACUAUACAACGGACAACGACUUACCAAGAAAAAAACACAUGUGAAAAAGAGGACACUCAGUCCAGUCUUUAACGAAAGCUUCGUGUUUGACAUACCCCAGGGGACUGACACAUUGGAAAGCGUCAGUCUAGAAUUUUUGCUAUUGGACUGGGACAGGGUAACAAAGAAUGAGGUUAUUGGUAGACUGGAUUUAGGUGGUCCCAAAUGUAGUGGAUCAGCACUUCAUCAUUGGAACGAAGUCUGCAACUCACCUAGGCGACAAAUCGCUGAGUGGCAUAAGUUAAGAGAGUAGAGUGUUUGAAAGAAAUAAUCUUCUGGUUGUAUAUUUUCAAAUGUAUAAAGAAGUCAGGUUCAAUUUCAGAACACCGAAAUUACUACAAUUCAAUAUUUAGUCGUAGGAUAACGUAGAUUUUUGUUGUUAUCUGCGAUAUUAUUCGUCUCCAAAAUUCUAUAUGAUAAAAAUAUCUCUACAUAUUCGAACUAUGUUAUAGUUUUACCCGCUUGCUGAACAGAGGCUAGAAUGUGAUUUUGCCCUUGCCAAGCAAGAGCUGGCUCUAUUCGUAUCUUUAUCUUGUACUUAAGUUGUGAAAUUGAAUCUACUCCUGUCACACAGCAUAAAAUGUACCUAGAACUAAGCCAUUCUCACAAAUACCUUCUAGGCAAAUCAUACAUCUCGAGCUUGCCUAUGAAAGUUUCACAAUACCUACCAGUUUUUAAGGCGCAGUAGCUCAAAGGCAAAGAUAUAGCUCCAAACAGUGACGGAAACUAGUUUACUUGUAUGAAUUAUACACCAGGGUAUGCUGCUAGAGUGCAGAAAGCACUGAUAGUUUAAAAAACUAUCUGAAACCAACGAAUCGAAGGUAAAUGACCCUGUGCCAUACGGACAAAGUGAAACGUAAUAUCAUUAACUUGACUGGGACAUAAAUAAGUCGGCUCCAUAAAGCAGCGGCCCACUGUCACAGCAAUCACCGUAUGUUAGAAACAGGUAUAGUUGGGUAAUAACAUGCAUGACGCAUUAUGCGCUACUAUUGCGGCGUAUACGAGUAUCUGGACGAGGACCUCACCGUGAUCAAAGACACAUCGCGUUAACAGUGGCGUACGAGUACAAUGCAUUAUGUAACUCUUCCAUUUUGGUUCCCGAAUAUAGAGACAAGCGUCAUCAGGGUAUCAAGUAACUAAUAUAUAAUAUGGUUUAUUUGUGAAUAUGAAGGUAUUAAAAAAUUAUGUGAUUGUACACAGGUAGCAGAGAGGUGGCGGAAGUCUAUCACAUGGUUAAUACUCACAGUAGUCUACCUAUUAACUGACUGACUCUUUGUAUUUCCUACUGCGUCUUGGAGGCGUACUUAUUGUAGUAGCAUACAUAACUGUGCAAUGUGUGUACUAUAAUUGCGAACCAAACUUUGUUUCUUUUUUCAAACAACCACUUAAGGCAAUUUUGGACUAUUUUCCUGAUGAGUGAUUAUUAUAAAGAUUACUCAGCAAACAUGGAGCUAACCAUAUGUUGUAUAUGUGUGUGAAGCACAUAUUUCUGCAACUACUACACCACAACUACUUUUACAAAUAGGAAAUCAACACUAUGGGUCCCUAAUUCUAUACAGCAUCACUCCCGGCGCAAAAUACGCAUACAUCGUGAGGUCUGCACAAAGCCUGGUGUCGUAAUGACAUUAAUUUUUGUUCACAAUAUCUAAAAGCAAAGUCAGAUCUCUAUUUGCCUAAAUGUUUCCUGAGGCACUUAGCACUUCAAGAUAAAACACUUUCCGUUGUAAACAAAUAGUUGAGUAAUUUUGUAAUAUUUUAACUACAAGGACUCUGAAAUGCUUCUAAUGCCAUAAUAUGAUAAACACCGUAUUUGGUUUAUGUGUUAUGCCAUUAAAUUAGCAUUACAUGGAAUGAAAAAUUAGGAGCUUCUAAAGUACUGUCGAUAGGUCAAAUUUUGAUAAAAUUUCAAUGGAGUUAGAAUUUCGUGUCGCCAUUCGCUGACUCUAAGUUUCGAACAUCUGCGGAUGUUUGAGAAACGUUAUGUUCAACAGUGUUCAGCUUACCAGGCGGACAUAUUCCUUACAACUUGUUGACUAACACUUGUUAUAUGUCGUACCAGUAUCAAUCACUAUUGUCACUUAAUAAUGGAGGUAUAAUAAAAGGAAGACUAGAUCACGAAACUAACUACUUUUGAGAUUUUCCAUCAUUUGAAAUAACCGCAUUGUAACAAAAGUUAUACGUCAAAAUUAUAACAACCUCCAAGUCAAUAGCAAUAGAAAGCAGCUCACCUUACUGUUAAUAAUUCAGCCCAUAUUAAUCGAAAUACCAUCGACAAACGGAAUAAAAUACUUUCUAUAUUAUGAUCCAUCUUAUUAUACCUCACUACACCUCUGAAUCUGAAGAGGCUACACCAUCCAGCAAUGGUCAAUGAUACUAGUGAACCGUAUUAGUGUUGAGAUGACACCAAACUAGAUCAAUUUUGACCAAAGCGCAGCAUGUACCCAUGCAAUACCACAGUAACGCAAUUCCUGGCGAUGCUAAAGUUACGAAACCGAAACAAGGUGUAAUAACACUGCUUUGAUUACCAUAACACGAAUUGCAUAAAGGAAAUGAGAGGAGAGUCGAGUCCCAAAGAGUGAGGCUAAUCACCCUGUAGGUUCAGAGCACUUCUGCAGCUUGAUGAGGACACGCAUUAAGCAGUCCCUAAGGCCCGUAUCGUCAGUCGUCCCUACAAUUGUAGGGCGCGUUUAUGGCCUCCAUGAUUGUCAUACUUCUUUCUCUCCUUCAAAAAUUUCUAGAUUACACUUGUCCUGUGUCAGCGUCAGCGCUCUCCUAUUGUGAAGAUAUGUUUUCUUUUUAAAUUGUACUAAAUUUCAGGCUGAUGAAACAUGAUAUAACUCCAAAGCAAGCACAAUUUGAUGCAAAUAGAUGUUUGUGACAUAACCUCAAAAUAGAGUUCUGACACGGAGAAGUAGAAAACUAUGACAAUCAAGGAGGCCAUAAAGACGCCCUACAAUUGUAGGGACGACUGACGAUACGGGCCUGAAAGACUGUAACAAGAGAAAGCCCAGGAAAUGAAAGGAAGAAAGGACAAUUAGUUCAAAGCCUGGCAAAAGAGUCUACCAAAGAACGGAGCCUGCAUCUGCAGAGGAUCUGCUGGGAUUUAGUGGGAAUGCCAUAGUGGCUAUAAUGGUUCUAAAUCGAUAUAUGAGGCUCUUGGGUCUAGCAGAAGAGAUUACUUGCCGCUCCUAAAGCAUGAGGAGACCUUGUACAUAUCUUGCGAACACUGCGAAUGUCUCAACCACGCAGCAUCACUUACACAACACGCAGCCCGUAACGAAAAUUCAAUCUUAGAAAUUUGCCUAAAAAUUUAGCGAUCCCUUUUGAUACUUAUGUUGAGUGUUGAAUAUUCAGUUUUGAUAAUAUUUUGGCCUGUAUCAUUGGUCAAAAUAAGCCAAUAUGGUGGUCUAGAGGCCUGAACGUUUUAUAGAUUCAACAGGUCCACUUGAUGUUGUAAUCUCGGCCGCUAUGUUGAUCUUAAUUAAAAUACAACAAAUUUUGGAUUUGUUGUAGUCAAGUAGCUCUCAAUGUCUUUGAUGCAAAAUGGCGUAUAUCUUGGUGCUUCAAUUGUCAGAUUCUUGAAUGUACGUUUCCAACACUCCAAGUUACAUUCAUAUAUGCCAGAAGCAUGUUGCGUAACGUGUGUUAAAUAGAAACGCACGAUACUGUCACAGGGCGCAUGCUCGUCUCUGGAGAUUUUUCGGCAACUAGUUGCACUGAACAAAUUUCUGACACAAAGGUCGUCAAACAACGCAUAACUACUUGCUGCAGUGUAAACUUGUCUUGAAGAUUUCAGUAUUAAACAAUACUACGAAGUGGCUAGUUUUUUUGUGAAAGCAUCUCAAUCUCAAGUAAAUAAACGCUUCUUUGUAAGGUGGUAUACAGGAAAAAAUGACCACUUCAAGAUUGAAGAACUGAUAUUUUUUUGUGUCCCUUGAAUGUAUAACAAAUUACUUAUUUCUCGAAUAUUAUACUUUAUUCAGUAUUAACCAAUGAAUUCGAAUAGAUAAGAAGAAAUUGACUAGUUUAAGUGCAUACUUUUGACACAUUUCGGUACGACCGUCUACCAGGGUGACAGCGUUCUAUCAGCAUGAUAAUACUUACCGGUGGAAAGAUCUACCUUGGGGUGUGCCACUCUUUGCAAAUUAUGCAAGACGUGCCAGGUCCUGAAAUCGUGUCCGUAUCCGAAUUUAAUGAUACAACUGUCAAAAAACUAACUUAUGUCAAGUGGGCUUGUGCUCUUUCAUCCUGACUAUAGAUUGAGAUUUUGGAGAUAAAUCGUGAGCUUGUUCCUUCUACCUAGUAUGAAUUCUUUGGUAUUAACCAAGCAUCCGUUUCAUUGUGGAUCACUGAGAAUAAAGUUCAUUAGGUUCAGGAGAAAUCGGAUCAUUAGCUACUACUUGGCUCGAAAUGAAAAUUUAUAUUUGAAUUAUCUAUGUUCACAAAUCUUGUUGAAAUUAACAUGAACAAAUGACGUUUGAAAAGUUUGCAACAAUAACAUGUAUAUUUCAGUGGCGGCUCGCCCCAUGACGCAGCUGAAGCGCUGCUUCACCUGCAAUUUCAAAAAAAAUAUAUUUUUUUUUAUUUUGAAAUUUAUAAAAAAAAUUCAUUUAUAUCUUAAAAAAUUAUUUUUCGGACAUUCUUUAUUUGUAUUUGCGAUCAACAGAAUACUGAGAAACCCCGCAACCAACAACGCGCCUACGUUUGCGCUUAAUUUGGCGUGUUGAAACAGAGACCUGAAGCAGCUUUAUUUGCACCGCAUUGCUGCGUCCAGUACAGAUACGAGCAAAUACGACGGUUGCCAUGACAACGGCACGCGCGCUUCCGUUUUGGCCGAGGCAAGUGAAGCAAAU